AUGGCGCCGUGGAACGCGGCGCGCACAAAGGUGCAGCUCAAGCUGUCGGUGCAACGCACAAAGAUGCUCCAGGAGAAAAAAGAGGCCAUGGCCAAAAAGGCAAGGCGCGACAUUGCCGCCCUCGUCGAGAGGGGAAAGCUCGAGACGGCGCGCAUCAAGACCGAAGGACUCAUCGCCGAGGAUAUCCACAUUGAGCUGCUCGAACUCAUGGAGCUCUAUGCCGAGACGCUCCUGGCCAGGUUUGCGCUGCUCGAAAUGAACACCCGCGACGUGGACCCCUCGUUACAGCCCGCGCUGGCGUCCAUCAUCCACGCCUCGCCGCGCACCGAGCUCAAGGAGCUGCACGUCCUCCGCGAGAUGCUCAUGUCCAAGUACGGCCGCGAGUUUGCCACCGACGUCAUGGACAACCGCGACGGCAUCGUGCCGGACCGCGUCAUGGCCAAGCUCGACCUCGGCACCGCCAAGGUCGACGAGGUCCUCGUCGAGGCUUACAUCGAGGAGAUCUGCAAGGCGUACGACGUGCCGUUCCACAGCGAUGUCCUGGCCAAGCUGGCACAAAAGGAUCAGCCUGCCGACGUCGAGGGCGCGGCCGCGGGCGAGGGUCAGGACGUCAAGCCGUCAGCAGAGGCGAGCAAGGAAGGCGCUGUUUUCGCCGACGCGGAAAAGGUCAAGGACGAGGCGACAAAGUCCGAGGCGCAGUCUACCGCCGCUGCCGCCGCGCAACCACCAGCGGCAACCGCGACGACGAAAAAGCAGACCGAGCAGCAAGAGUACGACAGCCUGGCGGCGAGGUUCGCGGCGUUGAAACGGAUGUGA